CUCUCCCUCCCUGCGCUAUCAAAUUCCAGCUAAUGAGAUCGAAACAGAAUAGAACAAAUCAAAGAAUCCCAAAAACAGAAACACUAAAUCAACAACAAAAUUUCCCGGGAUCCCUUUUGUUCAAAUAGCCAUCUUUUUUCCUUCUGGAAAUUAAACCGUUUUGAAGUUUCGGUUAGGUCUUCGGGCUUCGUGAUCGAGUUUUGGUUUUUGGUCGAAAUUAGGGUUAAACCCGUCUUUCCCUUUGGUGGAUUUUAGGGGUUGUGGAUAAUGUUUGGGAGAAACAUUUGGGCUUGGAAUAAAAGAAAAUUACGUUUUAGAACUUGGUAAUUUGGGGGGUGAGAUUUAGCUUUAUAUUUGAAUUUUGUCGUUGAAUGAUUUCGUUAGGGAGUGACGAUGCGAGGAUGGGGCUAGGGCUAGGGUUUGGUGGAAGAAAAAUGGAAGAGGCUGAGCUUGAGAAAGGAGAGGCUUGCUCCUAUAAUAACAAUAACAAUGAUUAUGAUGCCUCCACUGACCCUGAAGCUGAUCUAUCUUCUCUAGCUUACAUAGAUGAAAAACUUCAACAUGUUCUUGGACAUCUUCAAAAAGAUUUUGAAGGUGGAGUUUCUGCAGAGAAUCUAGGGGCAAAGUUUGGUGGUUAUGGAUCAUUCUUACCGACUUAUACACGUUCUCCUAGUUGGCCUCAUCCAAAGAGUCCACCAGGUCAGAGCUGCAAUCCAUCCAUAUCUCCAAAAAAUAUGGCGUCUUGGGCAAGUGGUUCACAGUUACGGAAGGCUGGACCACCACCUAUUAAUUUUGAAACCCUCCCUGCUUUGAAGGCAUCGUCUGCGAAUGAUUCAAUUGAACAAGAGGUUAGUGUAACUCCUGGUGGUGCUGAUGAGCUUGCCUCCAGGCAUGAAUCUGCAAAUAAGAAAGCUGCCAAUAUGGCAGACCAGAAAAUAUUGAAGGUGCGAAUCAAAGUGGGGUCAGAUAACUUGUCGACACAAAAGAAUGCUGCAAUCUACAGUGGUCUUGGCCUUGGUGUCUCACCAUCUUCCUCAUUAGAUGAGAGCCCUUCAGGAAGUGAAGGGAUUUAUCGGGAGACUCAAGAGGCAUUGUUUGAAUCUCCGACCAGUAUUCUUCGAUUUAUGACUUCCUUCCCACUAGCUGGUGAGGCUCUACUAUCACCUCUCCCUGAUCAUCUACUUAACUUGAUCGUAAAGGAAAAGAUUCUGAAAGAGAAUAUAUCUGAUUCUGGAAAGGGUGACGGAAUAUUGUUAGGAAACAAAAAAUCGAAGUUGGAGGAGAAAAAGGAUAUUACAGCAGAAAGGAAGUGUAGCAGUAACAGGGAUAUGAGGAAUGACAAUGUUGCUGUGUCAAAGAAGGAAGUAAAUGUCAACGUAUUGGCUUGUGAGGAGCUUGUUUCAAAAACGUUGAAGCUUCCUCUCUUGUCUGAUUCAUAUUCUGUUGUUGCCAAGGUAAAAAGUAAGGGCAUAGAAAGAAACAAAGGUUUCCAUGAUGUAGCUGAGGAGUCUGUGGAGCCAAAACUUAUCCAAGAGAUUGGCUGGGAGAGUCCAAGGGCUGUUUCAGCUCUAAAGGUUUUGGAGGAACAAAAGACAAGUCCUUUGGGUGAUAUUUCAGGCUAUGUCAGAAAAAGUGGGUAUAAUAAAGCAGACGAAACUUAUGAUUCUAUCAAAGCUGACUCUAAUACUCUCAAAGGUAGCAAAGCUCUAGAUAGUGAAGUGGUAGAUCCUCUCAAUCAGAAGGUCAUCCAGAGAGUGACUUCACAAGAACAAGACACUAUGAAGUUGCCUUCUGCAAAGGAACAUGCCUCGUCUGGUGGAAAAAGAAAAUCAAAAGGUAGUCACAGUAAUGGCAGUCCAGAUGCAGAGGGAGCAAAAGAAAGCUUGAGGGUGGGUUCGUCUUUGGUGCUGAAUGGUAAGCAGACUGCUCAUGUGAGCAGUUCUACGAACAAAAGGGAAACAGGAGGCAAAAAAUCUGACAGGUCAUUUCAAAAGGCUGGAGAUAUGGAUGUUUUUGGAGAUAUUGGAGAAUCAGAACGUGAAGAGAACCAAUCAAGUUAUUUGGAAAUUCUUCCUGAAGAUUGGCCGAAGAUAGUUGAUAAGAUUGAAAAAAGCACAUCAGCCAUUAUCAAUGGACAUAGUGAUAUACUAAGUGCUAACAAAACUGAGGGUGUAUUGGUAAAUGAAUCGUGCCCCAGAGCAACUAUGGGUGCACAUUCCAACUCAGCAGAUGUGAAUAUUGCUGGACCUUCCCUUGCAACUGCUGCUCCUGUAUUGAUAAAAGAAAAUUGGGUUUGUUGUGAUAAGUGUCAGAAGUGGCGUCUUCUCCCAAUAAACAUAAAUCCAUCUGAGUUACCUGAGAAGUGGUUGUGCAGCAUGCUUAACUGGUUGCCUGCAAUGAAUCGUUGCAGUGUUGAGGAGGAAGAAACUACAAAAGCUGUUUUUGCAUUGUAUCAUGUUCCUGUUGCAGAGAGUCAAACAAAUCUUCCAAGUAAUCCUGUCAAUAAUAUGUCUAUAUCAGCCUCAUCAGAUGCCCUGCAACCUGACCAAAACCAACUCAGUCUUGGUUCACAUUCUGUUCUCACUGGUGGAAGGAAGAAACACGGUUUAAAAGAAAUAUCAAAUGCAAUGGAUAAAGAUGAGGCAAAAUCUAUGAAGAAGAACACGCAGUCAUCAAUCCGAUCUGGAAGCAUGACUGAUGUGACUCAAUCUCCUGUUGUUGAUGAGCUGGCUCUAAAGCCUCUAAUCAAAUGUGAUUUUCCUGUUGAGAAACACAAAAAUAAUCAGAAAGAGAAGCAUAAAUUGUCAGAACACGGUUCUGAUGGAGGUGAUACCAAAACUUCAAAGAUGAAAGGCAAAAGGAUCACUGAUCAAGAUUCUUUAAGGGCCCCCAAGAAAAUAAAGGAUGAAACUUUGCAUCUUUCUGGCGAAGAUUGGAUGUUUGACCAUGCUGGCAAGGGUGGGCCUAGCACAUCGGUAGGAAAGGAUCAGCCUAAACACUGUCAACAUUUUUCUUUUGAGGAUUCAAAGAUGGAUAAGGACAGGCAACAAGUAUCCGGUAAAAGAGUAAAUGAUAAACUUCAGGUUUCCUUAACUGAUGGAUCAUUGGAUCCGAUGAAUUUUGAUGGUGUUGAAGUUUCAAGAAAGAGGAAAGUUGAUGAACGGGCGAGUAAUCACCUCCAGGGUAGCAGAGUACUUGUAAAGGAAGAGUUCAGUGAGAAUGACAGCAGGAAGGAAAAGAAGGCCAGGGUAUCUAAAUCAGGAGGGAAGGAUUCUUCUGCAAGUAAAAGCAGUGGAAAACUAGAGAAAAAAGGUAAACAUACGCAGAAGCACCUAAGUGGGCAAGAUCUAGUUAGCUCUCUGUCUCAACAAAGAUUAGAUGGUAUGGAUUCAUUGAAAAGGGAUUCUGGAUCUGCCCAGCCUUCUUUAGUAGCUACCUCAAGCUCAUCUAAGGUUUCUUGUUCACAUAAAUCAAAACUUGGCUUCCGUGAAACAAAAGGCUCAUCAGUAGAAUCAGUUUCCUCAUCUCCUAUGAGAAUUCUUAAUCCUGAUAAACUUCCAUUAACGAGAAAUGUUGCAGGGAAAGAUGAGUAUUAUGAUGCUGGCCUUUUUGUUUCAGAUAGUCCAAGAAGAUGUUCAGAUGGUGAAGAUGAUGGUGGGAGUGAUAAGUCAGGGACUGUAAGGAAGGAAAAUACUUCAGCUGCAGCUCAACAUGGGUCCCUUGAGCCCUCCUUACUUGAUAUUCAGGAUAAGUUUGGUGAUCAAUCAGGUGGCAGUAAAGCUAAGGCACCGAUUAAGCCUUCCCCUGACACUGGAAAAAGGCAUUUUAUGAAUGAUACUGAUGAUUAUUUAGGAGGCCAAGAGGCCCAAUUUUCUGGUAAGUCAACGACGAUAAAUGAUCACCAUGAUGAGGAAACUCAGAAUGAAAACUGUAGCAAUGCCAAUGUCUCUCAUUCGAGAAAGUCAGGCAAAGGGUCCUCGUGGCCAAAAGACGGGAGUCAUAAUUUUAAAUCUGGUUCAGUUGAUGUACAGCCAGUUCAUAUGCCUUCAUAUGACGUAAAACCUAGGGAUGGUAGAAAUCACUUUCAAGAGAGGCCUGGAGAAAAGUCUAAUGAAAUUGGGAAUAGAUUUGCUGAAAAUAAAAAAUCUUUGGGAAAAUUGUCUGGUGAGAUUGGUAAAAGAGAGAAUCAAUCAAACGGUCAGUCAGAUGCCAAACCAGUUGCCACUGGAGGUCAAGAUGUAAUGUCUACUGUGAAGCAGAAUCUUUUUCAGGGCAGGGGUAGUGAAGAAUAUACAAAGCGGUUUCACUCUGAAAACUCUGAUCAUGCAGAAAUUGCUUCUGAGGGAAGGAAGCCGCUAUCACUACCACCCUCCGGAGGAACUCGAAAUGAGAUGCUGACUCAUCAUCCUAAUACGGUUUCUGGGUCCCAAAAGGGAAAUGGAGCUGAUGGAUCUCAAGCUCAUGAUGCAUUCAAGGUACAGAAACAAAUAAAAAAGAAAGUUGAUCAUCAAAGUGGGAGUCAGCAGAAUAGUUCAAGAGAUACUACAACAAGUGGACGUAUCAGGGAUGUUGGAGCCCCAAGUCCAAUGAGAAAGGAUUCCUCAAGUCAGGCAGCUAACAAUGCUUUGAAGGAGGCUAAAGAUUUAAAGCACCUGGCUGAUCGUGUGAAGAGUUCUGGAUCAAAUGGGGAGAGCACAGUACUUUACUUCCAGGCAGCACUUAAGUUUCUUCAUAGUGCUUCUCUACUAGAAUCUUGCAACAAUGAGAGUACCAAACAUGGCGAGAUGUUGCAUUCAGUGCAAAUUUAUAGUAGUACUGCAAAACUCUGUGAGUUUUGUGCCCAUGAAUAUGCGAGAUUGAAGGACAUGGCUGCUGCUUCUUUGGCCUACAAGUGUAUGGAGGUCGCUUAUAUGAGAGUUAUCUAUUCCUGUCAUGCCAAUGCAAGUAGAGAUCGGCAUGAGUUGCAGGCAGCUUUACAAAUGGUUCCUCCUGGUGAAUCUCCUGCUUCUGAUGUUGAUAAUUUAAACCAACCAACAUUAGCAGACAAGGCUGCUUUUCCAAAAGGUGUUAAUUCUUUCCAGGCUUCCGAAAGUCAUGUUAUUUCUGCUCGAAACCGCCCUAAAUAUAUUCGGUUACUCAAUUUUGCACAGGAUGUAAAUUAUGCAAUGGAAGCUUCAAGGAAAUCACGAGCUUCUCUUGCAGCUGCCAGUUCAAGUUUGGGAGGGGCUAAAAGUGGGGAGGCUAUAUCUUCUGUGAAGAAAGCUCUUGAUUUUAGCUUCCAAGACUUGGAGGGAGUGUUACAUUUGAUACGAGUGGCAAUGGAAGCCAUUAGCCAUUAAGGAAAAAAUCUGGGUGGUAAGGAUGAUUGUAUACUGGGAGGAAAUAUUUUUUGAUGGUUUUCCCCUUGGCCAUGAUGAUCUAGAUCGGAAUAGGAAGAGGGGUUGGUUAGUUCUUCCUGCUUCGAUCCUGAACACUUCCAAGCUUGCAAGUGCUUGUUUCCUAAUACUCGCUGUACAUGUGUGCUAUACAAGACGGAUCUGGGAUUAUCAGUAUACAUUUUCACUUGCUUCAACUGCUUUCUGACAUGGAACAAGCUUUAAUUUCCAUC